CAAAGCAAACUCAUUAUCUACUUGUAGGAAUGUGAUAUUCAAUUUCCUUUCUGCUCUUCAAGAUAUCAGUAAUUAAAUUUUUCGGAAGUAUUCAAUGAUCAAUCUUAGUCGAAUUUAGGUUACUUUGUAGUCAAACAACAAAAAACAAAACAAUAGAUAAGAACGUCAAAUAUGAUAUGUGUUAGGCACAAAGUUUCUUAAUCACGGAGGUGUCUUAUUUUGGGUCUAUAUAAACUUGAUUCUCAAUUUUUACUUAUCAAGCGUGCAUCAUAAUGUCAAUUCGUACGGGUGUGAUAUUAUUUGUUGUCCUCUUUGGACUAGCUAGCUCUGCAAAACCAAAACAAGCUCAAAACAAAGCACAAUGUGUUGAUAACACUUUGUAUGCCAAAUUUAUAUGCGAGCAAAGACCAAAUGGUGAGAGGCUGUUAGUUCCUGGAAAAUGCUCACAAUUCUAUGAAUGCUCAAAUGGUGUGAGCAAGGUGAGGACAUGCAAAAAAUUCUUCGAUCCAAAGACAAAAAAGUGUGUCUCCGAGUCGACAUGCGUUGAGGUUGAUAAAACAGAUUGUGUGAUACCAACUCCACCACCUUGCCAUCAGACACCUCCUACUCCCAAUCCACCAAUUUGUCCACCUCCAACUGUUUGUCCACCACCAACUGAAUGUCCAGUUUGUCCACCACCGACUGAAUGCCCUGCACCACCUUCAGGCGGGCCAGGAACCCCAGAAUGUCCAGCACCAGGACCAGGAAAUCCAGAAACUCCGGGAGAAAAACCUCCAUGUCCUUCACCACCUACAGGAGGGCCAGGAACCCCAGAAUGUCCAGCACCACCUUCAGGAGGACCUGGAACUCCAGAAACUCCGGGAGAAAAGCCUCCAUGUCCUUCACCGCCUUCAGGAGGACCAGGAACACCAGAAUGUCCAGCACCACCUUCAGGAGGACCUGGAACUCCAGAAACUCCAGGAGAAAAGCCUCCAUGUCCUUCACCACCUUCAGGAGGACCAGGAACCCCAGAAUGUCCAGCACCACCUUCAGGAGGACCUGGAACUCCUGAAACUCCUGCACCAAAACCUCCAUGUCACCGACCAGAAGGUCCGUGUGUACCUGAAGUGGAUCCCAACGAUUUGUAUGGUUCAUAUGUGUGCCGAAAUAAGACCGAUGGAACCAUGUUGGUUACACUUACAACUUGCAAAGAUUACUACUAUUGCAUUGGAGAACACUCUUACCGCAAGUCUUGUGGAGAAAAUCAAUAUUUCAAUCCAAAAUAUAAUGCAUGUGAUGAGAAGAUCAAUGUUUAUUGUGCUUUGGACAAGAAACCUUCUCUAUAAAUGAGUGUUUUUUUUUAUAGAUAAAUAUUUAAAAUCUCUUAAAACAAA